CGCCAAGGAUCCAUUCAGCUGAGAGGGAAGAGGAGAGGAAGUGGAAUAACUUCAGUCGCUCCUGCAGCUUUCAUUCAUCUUCUUUGUCUUCUUUCUCGUCCCGCCUCCACGCCGUGCCGCCAUCUGUCCCUGAAUCAGCAGCACCGCCGCAACCACGCGUUUCCUCUCUCACACUUUUCCCCCGGAACUUUUCACUCUCCAAACUUACCAGACUUUCAACUUGACUCGGACCCGAGUCUUCCCGCCACCAUGUCCGCCUUCCCCCUGCUCGGCUGCGCCGUCCUGCUGCUGCUCCAGAGCUGCCGCUCGUCCUCGGACCUGACGCCGCGCUCCCUGACCGUCUAUCCUCAUCGGCAGCCCGACUCCGCCUCCGGCGCCCACUGUCCCUCCUGCGCCCUGGCCAGGAUGCGCAGGAGCGAGGGGGGUCCGGCGGCGGCGGAGGACGAUGCGGCGGGUCACGGGGAAGAAGAGGAGGCGCAGCCGGAUGUGGUGGAGGCGGUGAAGAGGCACAUCCUCAACAUGCUGCACCUCCAGGACCGGCCCAACAUCACUCGACCCGUGCCGCGCGCCGCCCUCCUCAACGCCCUGCGCAAGCUGCACGUGGGCCGCGUCGCCGAGGACGGCAGCGUGCACAUCGGGGGGAGACGGAGGGGAGGAGGCGGGGAAGCCGGGGGGGCGGCGGUGCAGGAGGAGGAGGAGGGGGAAGUGGAGCGGCGGGCGGCUCGGAUGCGAGACGACGACGCGCAAGACACGACGGAGAUAAUCACCUUUGCCGAGGCUGGUGAUGCCCAGGAUGUGGUGACAUUCGUCCUGUCCAAGGAUGGCGGCGGCGCCGAGGGGUCGCUGGUGGAGCAGGCAAACGUCUGGCUCUUCCUGCGAUUGGCCAAGAACAACCGCAGCCGCGCCAAGGUCGCCAUCCGCCUCCUCCAGCACGGCACGGGAUCCUCCUCGCCGCAGGACGACGUCCUCCUGGCGGAGAAAACGGUGGACACUCGACGCAGCGGCUGGCACACCUUCCCGGUGUCGGCGGCGGUCCAGGCGCUGCUGGAGCGUGCAGACGGCGCGGAGUUAAGCGUCAGGGUUUCCUGCCCGCUCUGCGCCGGCGUCGGCGCCACGCCGGUGCUCGUCUCCGGCGGCAGCCAACGGGAACAAUCCCACCGGCCCUUCCUGAUGGCGGUGGUGCGGCCGGAGGACGGCGGGGACGCGCGGCGGCGCAGGAAGCGCGGACUGGAGUGCGACGGGAAGGUGCGCGUUUGCUGCAAGCGGCAGUUUUACGUCAACUUCAAAGACAUCGGCUGGAACGACUGGAUCAUCGCGCCGAGCGGCUACCACGCCAAUUACUGCGAGGGCGAGUGUCCGUCCCACAUGACCAGCAUCACAGGCUCGGCGCUGUCCUUCCACUCGUCGGUCAUCAGCCAGUACCGCAUGCGGGGCUACAGCCCCUUCCAGAACUCGCGCUCGUGCUGCGUGCCCACGCGGCUGCGCGCCAUGUCCAUGCUCUACUACAACGCCGAGCAGAAGAUCAUCAAGCAGGACAUCCAGAAAAUGAUCGUGGACGAGUGCGGAUGCUCCUAGACGCCGGCGAACCCCGCGGGGACGUCAGAACCGAGCCAGGUGCCGGGUCACGUCGGGGUCGCUCUCCUCCAUCCUUGUGGCACUUUCAGACAAAAAGAAGAAGAAGAAGAAAAAAAAAAAAAAAAAGGAAUAUUAAUAUAUUUUUGUUAAGAACGGAGUGGGCGUGGCCUAUUUAUGUGGCUGAGGUCAUGUUGGAGCUUGCGUGACGGCGAGUCUGACACACAACAAACUAUGCAACUAUGUUUGAUGUAUUAGCUUCUAUUCUUUUCUGUUUGUCCACUCUUUUGUACACGUACCAGGAAGAUGUGUGUGUGUGUUUGUGUGUGUGUGUGUGUGUUGAGAUUACUUGAAUGAAACAAGUUGGCUUGGCUGCUGGAACCAAACACUUCUGUUACCAUGGUUACCCUGUUGAUAUUCAAAUGUUUACUGUCACUAAAUAUAUUAAUAAUAUUAUUGUUCAUGUUAAUAAUAAUAAUAAUAAUAAUAAUUAUUGUUUAGCUGCAUUUGUGUUGUUUUUUUUGUUUUGUUUUUUAUACGUGUUGUUAUUUGAGUACAAAUGUUUUUGCACUAUAGCGAGACUCCAGGUUCAAAAGGUUUGAUCCCCGUCUUAAAAUGUAAAAAAUGUCUGCGGACAUUAGCUUAGCGACGAGCUAGCUGCCAUGCAACAAUUGGGACUGCUCAAACGUUCACCAGCUUUUUAGUUUUUUUGAGACACCAAAGAGGCUCGUGUGUGUGUGUGCGUGUGCGUGUGCAUGAGUGUCACAAGGUGAAGACGCUGGCGGGUGAAAAAGACUGGUGUUUAGCCGACUUUAUGUCCCUCCUCCUCCAGUGGGUCUGGGUUCAUUCUUGCCUCAUUCCUCACUUUAAGCGAGAGUGAGGAAAAAAAUGCACUACCAACCUAAAAAGACCUGAUAAGUCCGAAAAAGAAAGAGAUGAUACAGUAUUAUCUGCGCACAAAUUCUACCUGUUGGUCGUUUGAGCACAAUGCAGCGAGUUCUGAACAGUCCCACUCCUUAACGCUUCAGUCACACGCAGGAUUCUCACAGGAAUGAGGCGAGAACACAACCUUUCCCGACUGUACGUUUCGCACAACGCUUUACUCUCUGCCAACACUAUCGGUCUGUUUUCGGAGCGACAUUUUCCAGGAUUUCACCAAAAAUGUUUUGUUUGUGCUCCUUUCUUACUCUUCCCGACAUCUUGGACACGCUCACGGGCCCCCCCCCGAGCAAAAUGAAUAAAAACACAAAAUAAAGAGUAAAAGUGUUGCGUUGUCGACACUGAACGACGACAACAAAAAAAAGACGAAGAAUAAAAAGCCUAUUUUUUAUUCUGUAAAUAUAGAAAUCAUGGCUUUGUUGUACAAAUGUGCUUGUGACAUUUUAUGAUCUAAUUUAUUGGACUUUUCUGCUUCACAUUAAAGUUUAAAAGAAGAAA